UAAAAAUACGUCUCAAUAUUUUAGUCAUAAUUUUUUAUCAAUGAGUUGAUUAUUUUUAAAGAUUUAGAUAUUAAUUGAAUGAGGUAUUUGCGGCAUAAAUACCACAUGUUUUCAGUUUUAUAGACUUAUAUACCACAUCUUUUUUUUUUGACGGAUUAAAUAACAAAUGUUAUGAUUUGGGCAAUUCCGUCACUACCACUCCGUUAAGUGUUGAUUGAGAUAAUUCGAAUGCCACGGGUCAACAUACUGUUGGUCCAAGUCAUAUUUUAUUAAAAAAAUAUUAAUUGAUUUAAAAUUAUAACAAAAUAAUAUUUUAAAAAAAAUCAAAACUGAUUUUUCUCUCUCUCACUCUCUCCUUCAUCAUCUUCAACCUUCAUCGUCCGGAGCCUCGAGCUCUUCGCUGGAGGUUGUGAAGCUCUUGCUUGAUGCUUCGGCUGAUGUUGAUUUGGUCAGCGCUAAUGGAAGCAAGGCUCUUGACUUGCUUGCCCCAGGCGUUAAGGGGCCUUGCAGUUCAAGGAGGAAAGCAAUGGAGUCUCUCAAAGUUCAAACUUUAUUGUAUGCCAUGAAAUACAUUAGGACCAACAACCUUAAAAGGCUCUUCUCUCUUAAACGACGCAGUUUUGACGAAGCAGCUGUAGAGAAGAAAGCUCCAAAUCCCAAUGGUGAAGAAGACUGUGUUGGAGUUGUAGGAACCGAGUCUUUUCAGAUACCCAUUUGGAAAUGCUUCUCUUUUGAAGAAAUCUCCGAGGCCACUGAUGGUUUUAGCUCAGAUAAUUUGGUCGGAAAAGGAGGCUACGCAGAGGUAUAUAAAGGAGCUUUGAGAAAUGGAGAUGAAAUAGCUGUGAAAAAGCUCAUGAAAACAGCUUCAGAUGAGAGAAAAGAGAAAGAGUUUUUGACUGAGAUUGGAAUCAUUGGCCAUGUCCACCAUAAAAACAUUUUAUCACUCCUUGGCUGUUGCAUUGACAGUGGUCUUUACCUCAUUUUCCAAUUCUCUUCCAUAGUCUCUUUUGCUUCUCUUCUCCAUGGUAAAACUUAGCACCAAAUUUUUUUGGUUCUCAUGACUGGACUGAGUGUCCAUUUGUUCUCCCCGGGGAGAACGCCAGGAGGAGGGACCCAAUGAAAUACCCUUACAGAGAGAGAGGGGGAGGGUUGGAUCAGUUUUAAUUUUUUUUUAAAAUAGUUUUUUGUUAUAAUUUUAAAUCAAUUAAUAUUUUUUAAUAAAAUAUGACUUGGACCAAUAUUAUGCUGACGCGUGGCAUUCAAAUUAUCUCAGUCAACACUUAACGGAGUGGUUGGGACAUAAUUGCCCAAAUCAUAACAUUUGUUAUUUAAUCCGUCGAAAAAAAAGAUGUGGUAUAUAAGUCUAUAAAACUGAAAAUAUGUGGUAUUUAUGCCGCAAAUACCCCUAAUUGAAUUGA